UUUCAGCUCCUGCCUCCAGCUUCACCUCUGUCUCCGUGUGCUGUGGGCUCCCUGUGUUUGGCCUCUUAUUUGUGACUAAUCACAGAGUUAAUCACAGUCCCGGGCAAUCCAUGGGGUCACAGAGUCAGACACAACUAAGCGACUGAACAAACAAACCACGGCGUUACCCUGUGCUGCUGUGAGGGUCACUUUGUUGGCUCGGGCCCCUGGCAAGACGUGUCCGGCCUGCCAUCUGUCACUCGGUCCCUGCAGGCUGUUCUCGCUGCCGCAGUUUCCGCGUCUGCAAAGUGGAGGCUUAGGAACCAGGUCGAGGGUGGGUGAGGCCGAAAAGGUGCGUGAGUGUCAGACAUGUGCCCCGGACCAAAGGACGUGCAGCCCCCACUCUGGAUCCCGGGGAGAUGGCGGUCUCAGACACGCCGUCAGCAGGCGGGCCUUUGCUGGGCCCCGAAGCGACUGAUGAUGCCAUGAUCCAGCUGGAGCCCGGACGCCCCACCCACACCCCCACCCCCGGGAUCGCGGCGCCCCCCAGGGCAUCCGGGUGGCCUCGGAGUCGGACAGGCCACUCUGCUGUGACCCACCUCUGCCUGGCGACUGCCUGCCAGCACACUGACCACGGCACCCUCCUCUGGGAGUUCUGCCUCCCCCAGUUCCAGGCACACAUGGAGGCCGUCGGGAGGACACUGUGGUGCGACUGGGGCAAGACCAUUGGGAGCUACAAGGAACUCUCCAACUGCACCAGGCACGUGGUGCAAACACUGGACUGCUUCUGGCCAAACGCAGAGGUGGACAAGUUCUUCCUCGCCGUCCACCAGCGCUUCUUCAGAAACUGCCCUGUCUCAGGCAGGGCCUUGCAGGACCCACCCAGCAGUGUCCUCUGCCCCUUCAUCGUGGUCCCCAUCCUGGUGACCCUGUUCAUGACAGUGCUGGUGGUCUGGAGGAGCAAGCGCCCGGAGGGCAUCGUGUAGGCCGUUGGGGGAGGGCUGCCUGCUCACAGAAGCUGCAGAGUGGGUGGGAGGGUGGGCAUGGAGGCCCAGCCUGACCAAGGCUUCUGGAGCCCCAACGGCAGAGCGGACCCCCCAAGCCCCUCUUCUACCGAGAAGAGCUCACCCCGGAAUGCCAGCCAGAGUGGUCAAGCACAGGCGUUGGCCUGGGAAGGCAGCCCAGGGGCCGAGAGGGAGUGGGCGCAGCUGUUGGUCUUGCUGGGGUGGUCUGAGCUGUCUCCCAAUAACCCCCACCGCACUCGCUUCCUGCCUGUUGCCAGACUAUGGAGACGUAUUUGCGAUUAAAGGACGUCCU